GGAAGGGUUAGAGUGAGGCACCGCGGCCGGCGGGCGGGGGAGGACAGGCGUGAUGGAUAUGGACGGCUUGAGAGGAUCGACCCGGAGUUGGGGCGUCAGCGACACGGACGGUCUGCGAGGAUCGAGCCGGGGCUGGGGUACCACAGAGUCGGAGAAUCUGAGAGGUGGAUCAGAAUGGAUGAACAGUGGCAGCAACAGCAGUUGGAGCACCAGGGACAACUGGAAAUCAGGUAUGGGGAUGAGUGGUGACUAUGAACGUAGUUCUUAUGGGACUUCCAGAUCUUUCCUGGAAUCUUACCCGAGUAGGACUGAGAGGUUUGGACCUUAUGAGUCGCAUGACUCCAGGUCUGCUCUGGAUGGCCGUGAUCUGUAUAGAUCUGGCUACGAUUUACAUGAACCAGGACGAAGUCGCUUUGGGGAUAGCUAUCCUGAUCGAUCCGAGAGCUCCUACAGGAAUUUCGGUGAUCAAUACCUUGACCCUUAUGAAGGUAGAAGCCAGAGCCGGUUAUAUGAUAAUGGCAGGUCUAACUGGGAUGACACCUACACACAUUCAAGUUCAAUGCCUAGGGUGUGGGCUGAUUCGGAAACAGGAACAGGAAGAGGAAGUUACUCUUCCUACAGCAGCUUUUCUUCACUCCUUACGAAGCCUUCAACUGUAGGCUCUCGGGGGAGGGGAAUGCUUUCUUAUUCUGGCAACGAGUAUGGAGGAGGAUCCCUUUCGAUUCUGGGAGGACAAGGAGGAGGCAGAGGUCGAGGCAGAGAACUAUCAGACUUAGAUAUGUACUCAAGAACUGGGAGUGGUGUGUCAUACAACAGAGGUGGGUUUUCAUCAAAUGUUGGAAGAGGCAUGAAAAGGAAGGGGGCACAGGCCAACAAAACUACAAUAAAGAAACAGAAAGUAGCAGCUGCUGACAAAACUCUAAAAACAUCCGUGGCCAAGUCUCCAGCUAACAAUACUGCAACCAAGAUCUCAAAGACUCCGACUGCAGCAAAUGUGGUUCAGGAUCGAACAACAAAGGAUGAAGAUUUUACAAAAGAUGCAUAUGAGCCAGAUGCAUAUGAAUGCUUUGACAAAAAUGAAGGUAAAAAGAAAACUGAUAAUGAAGAUGAGGAAGAGAAAAAGAAACUUGAAGCAAGAAGAGAGAAACAACGGCGUAGACGUGAGAAGAACACUGAAAAAUAUGGAGAAGAUUACCGGAAUGCAUUUACAUGCUCCCUUUGUAAAUUUCGAACCACAGAGGAACAAGAAAUUGAGGCUCACCUUGAGACUCCUUAUCAUAAGGAAACUCUCGAGUUUAUUGGAAAGAACAUUCAAUUUGAAAAAGGAGCUGCUGACUUCCUUCAUGCAUCGAUGGUCAACAAGAAUAAGAAGAUUGCUGCUCGUAAGCAGCUCCAACAGCAGGAGCAAAAGGAGCCCGCGCAGAAACUUGCAAAGGAUAUUUUAAUGGGAGUUGCUCCAGAUGACCAAAUGAAGAAGGUUGAAGCUGUUCAGUGUGCAGUAUGCAAUACCUAUAUUCCUUUCCUAUUUCAUUCUGUACAACAGCAUUUGAAGUCCAAUGAACACACCAACAGCAAGAAGAAUUACCAUGACCAAGUCAGAAGGGAAAGUCUCCUCACAGCCAGCAGCAUGCUGAACAACCCAACUGUAAAAGCUAAAUUUGAUAUGUUCUUGAAGGGUGAAAACCCGUUUGAAAAUCCUCAGGAACAACAGCAGCAGCAACAACAACAACAAGAUCUGCAAGAGCAACCAAUAGAGGAAGCAUCAGAACAAGAAGAGCUAAGAGUAGAGGAAGGAGCAAGUGAACCAGUUGAUCAAUAGCAUCUCCAAAGUGGGCAUGGAAUAGUUCAAUCAAUUCUGAAUCUGUACAAAAGAAAUACAGCAGUAAUGAAUAAGAUAUAUUUACUUUGCAUUUAUCUUAAAGCACUGUUGUGGUGGCUUAAUAUUCCUUGGCUGAUUGUAACAAAAAUGCUUUUCUCAACCUGUGUAGUAGUGUUUUUGUUAACAAGAUAGUGAUAGCUGUCCUUGAAUAACCAUGUAGUCAUGCAGACAAUAUAUAAACUACUGUAAGUACUAAACAAAUCUUAAGUCUAAGUAAUGAAUGACUUGGUCAAAAAGAAACAGUUGUAAUAGAGGCAGAAUGUGUUCACUGGGGCUUUGAGUUCUAGAAUCCUGAACAAUCUCCAUUUUUUUUAAGAAAGCUUUUUAUGCAUCUUAAUAUGUAUGCUGUUUAGAACUUUGUAGUGUUCGAUAACUCAGCGCUUAUUGGUAGCAUUGUUCGGAAAGGUAACAGUAUUUGUCGUUUUUCUCAGACAUUUAUAAUGUUGGAAAUAAUUAGAAAACAGUUGUGACUAGUUUGAUACGCAAAUACUAGUUUGUGCUGAAAAGUUUUGCUUGGUUAUCUGUAUUAUAAAGUCAAAGUCUGACUUCAUCUUUUCAUUGUUAUCCUAUGUAUAUCUUUGUAUGCUACUAAUAGCAAUAAAACGUUUUAGAUCUGUAA